AUGGGGAAAUGGUGGUGGAAGGGCAGGCCUAAAGGAGAAGGCAGCGCUGCUUUCCUGGAGGUAUGUAGUGGCCUUUGUUAAAGCAAUUGUUUGUUGAGGUGAACAGCAAAGACACAGAUGUCCACCACACAACGUGUUCCUCGCAGUGACCCUGGCCUUGGUGGAAGCUCUCUCUCCAACCUUGACAGUGGUAUUUGAAAUGUGUCAUGGGAGUUGCCUUGAAAAAGACCUGGCUUCCUUUAGUAAAUGUCAACAAGCCGCUUAUGCCUGCUAUAUGAGUCAGGAAGUUGCGGUAGAUGUAGCCUAUGUUUCACUCCUUUCAUUUUUUCAUAAAAGAUGAGGCUAACUUUUAUGACCCUCCCCUUGGACUCACGGAAAAGUAGGGACGGCUCAUUGUUUUUGGCUCUGAAUUGCACAUCAAACAUUUCUCUUCUCAGCGCUAGCUAAGAGAUCAGCAUUAUGAUGUUGCUGCUGUCUCAGCUAUGUGCUAAAGUGGUUGCCAUGUGUCUGAUCAGUGACAGGCACCACUGACAGUCGUACUGUACGUGACAGACGCUUCUGCUCCAGAGGAGACAGACAGACAGACAACAUCAGGAGGAAGUGGCUUGGGCGAUGAUGCAUGCUACAGUAGGCUACAUCUGUCAACUUCUAACUUCCCCCUUCCCACCUGGCAUUUGCAACAUUGAAACCCUCAAAGACAAUGAGAUUGAGUGAAGGCUAGGUGAGGCAGAUCCUCUUCUGUGGAAGUGGGUCGUUAAUAGCCAAUGAGCUGAAAAACUGUAGAGAAAGAAACAGCCUCCUGCUCUGAGCAGUGCUUUACGGCCAAAAACGGCUCCUCCGCUUAAUAAUCUCAAGACUUUUGGCCCAACUGUCUUGGUCUGGGAUAGCCUGAGUGAGUGCUCAAAUUCUUGCCACCCUGUUGUUGAUGGCUUUACACUACGAUGUUUGAGAGAUGAAACAUGUAGGAAAUUGCUGUUUGUCAGUGAGGACUGAAACAUGGAGUCUAGCUACUGACUCGGGAUGAUCUGCUCUUCGUCAGUCUCUCCAACACUGGAAGCCGUGUGAAGAGGCCCGUGGGCUGUCGGCCAAUGGGAUUUCAUGGCUAUGGGCUGGUAGCCAAUUGAAUCUCAUUUCACAUCAGCCGGUGAAAGGACUGAAGGAUGUAUCAUCAUCACCUCUCAACUCUGGGAUUAACCAAUGACAACUCUCAUAAACUGACCUAAAAUACUGUAGGAAGUUUGAGUUAUUUGUAACUCCUCCAAAACUGACCCUCUGAAGUGGGCUGUAGGAGUGAGGAUUGGGCUAUUUGAAUGCUAGGUAGGUUGACCGUGUUUUCCUCUCUCUGAUGUGCUGAAUAAUAAGCAUCAUUGGCUGUCCUACUGCUUUAGCCUAAACUUGUCCAUGUCAUUACAAUUGGCAAAUAUAUGAUUUUUCUUCUUCCCUUAACUGAGAACAUUGUUUGGCUUCUGACCCCACACUCCUCUUCGGUAAUGGCUGCUAUCCUAUUUAGGUAAAGACCCGUUAUAGAGGAUCUUUCAUGUCACUUUACUGGCAGCCAGAGAGCUGUAAAAUAAUCUGAGGCUACAACCCUGUUUUCCAGACUAGACCCGUCAUGAAUCGUGAUCCAUCUCUGUGUUUUACACCCUCUCUGAUAAAAAAAAGGAUGUCUGAGACGUUUAUGCGUGGGUUUGACUACAAAUAACCUAGCCCUAUAAAACAUUGGUAAAAUCCCUUCAAAUAGAAUGAGGAAACUAAGUGGAAAAAGACUGGUUAUGACCUUAUUUAUUUGUCAUACCUGUGGCAGAUUGAAUGACAUUUUUGGUGAAAGAGAUGUAGGAACUAGCAUUAACCAAGCAAACCAAAAUGAUGUGUACCACUACCACCACCACACAUCUGAUUGAGUGCUAUAGGCAAAAUAGAGUAGCAAGACCUAUCAGUAUAUUGGAUAGUCUAGAAGUUACACAAGUGAGGUAAACUGUACCUCAGAAGUUCUGCCUUUCUGACUACUAUAUGAGUAGGCAUGUUUCUUAGUCAUGAUGGCACUUGCACAUUGAAACGGCGUCAAAGUGAGAUUGACACCUGAGGUCCGCAGGCAGGAAUGUGUUAUUCUGACACAAGCUGGAUGGUGGACUCAUUUGUCGCUCUUCUUCUUAACUGAUAUACUGUAUUUCUAAUUUCUUUCCUUUAUGGUGUGGUGCUCCUCCUGUCUACCGUGGACAUCUCCUGUCAUCCACCACCACCUCACUGUCAACCAUCUUGACCUGCACACUCUCCAAACCAGCUGUAAGUAUUAUUGAGACUGAUUACCUAACGUCACUCCACUGUGCUGUACCUUUAGGCUAUAAUAUUUACUUAUUUUACAAUGUUAAGAGAUACUUUUGGUCAUGUAGUGUAUGUGGACACCUGCUCGUCGAACAUCUCAUUCCAAAAUCAUGGGUAUUAAUAUUGUGUUGGUCCCCCCUUUGCAGCUAUAAUUGCCUCCACUCUUCUGGGAAGGCUUUCCACUAGAUGUUGGAACAUUGCUGCGGGGACUUGCUUCCAUUCAGCCACGAGCAUUAGUGAGGUCGGGCACUGAUGUUGGGUGUUUAGGCCUGGCUCGCAGUCGGCGUUCCAAUUCAUCCCAAAGGUGUUUGAUGGGGUUGAGGUCAGGGCUCUGUGCAGGCCAGUCAAAUUCUUCCACACCGAUCUCGACAAACCAUUUCUGUAUGGACCUCGCUUUGUGCACGGGGGCAUUGUCAUACUGAAACAGGAAAGGGCCUUCCCAAAACUGUUGCCACAAAGUUGGAAGCACAGAAUCGUCUAGAAAGUCAUUGUAUGCUGUAGUGUAAAGAAUUCCACUCACUCACUACUGUGUCGCUCUGGAUAAUAGCGUCUGCAAAAUAACUAAAAUGUAAAAAUGUCCUUUCACUGGAGCUAAGGGGCCUAGCCCGAACCAUGACAAACAGUCCCAGACCAUUAUUCCUCCUCCACCAAACUUUACACUUGGCACUAUUCAUUGGGGCAGGUGGCGUUCUCCUGGCAUCCGCCAAACCCAGAUUAGUCUGUCGGACUGCCAGAUGGUGUUGCAUGAUUAAUCACUCCAGAGAAUGCGUUUCCACUGCUUCAGAGUCCAAUGGCGGCGAGCUUUACACAACUCCAGCUGACGCUUGGCAUUGCGCAUGGUGAUCUUAGGCUUGUGUGCAGGUACUCGGCCAUGGGAACCCAUUUUAUGAAGCUCUCGAUGAACAGUUCUUGUGCUGACGUUGCUUCCAGAGGCAGUUUGGAACUCGGUAGUGAGUGUUGCAACCGAGGACAGACGAUUUUUACACGUUUCAGCACUCGGCGGUGCUGUUCUGUGAGCUUGUGUGGCCUAGACAUUUCCCCUUCACAAUAACAGCACUUACAGGAAGUCACUGAGCUCUUCAGUAAGGCCAUUCUACUGCCAAUGUUUGUCUAUGUAGAUUGUGUGGUUGUGUGCUCGAUUUUUAUACACCUGUCAGCAACAGGUGUGGCUGAAAUGGCCGAAUCCACUCAUUUGAAGGGGUGUCCACAUACUUUUGUAUAUAUAUAUAGUGUAAGAAUGUUAGAUUGGGCAUAUGAAUUCAAUUAUCUGAUGAAUGAUUGAAUUCAACAAAUUAUCCAUGUUGCUGUUUUUUUUAUAUUUCCUGGACCCGUCAAGUCAUCAGUUUUUAUAGGCCAGUGAUAUCCCAGCUACUGUAGCGAAAUGUUAAGUGUUGGUAACCAGACUUUUGUUUAGACUUGUUACCCGCCCGGACAGUUGGGAAAAGCACUAACUGAUGUUUGGUUUUGGUCUACAGCAACAGAAGCUUCUGGAAGGUUACGUGGGCUUUGCCAAUCUCCCAAACCAAGUGUACAGAAAGUCCGUCAAGAGAGGCUUCGAGUUCACUCUCAUGGUUGUGGGUGAGUAGAGAUCUUUGCAGCCCAUUUUACGUCUCCCGCUCCUCUUUUCCAAAUAAGACCCCAAAGAACAGAAAAAAGAACCUGGGAUUCAUCUGGGAAAACAGAUGGAGAUUUUACUGCUGUGUAAAAAGCUCUUUGUAUGAAUCAGUGAAGUAUGCAUGAAAAUUGCUGUUAGAGGCUCCAUCUGCAUCCCAAAUGGCACCCUAUUCCCUAUAUACUGUAGUGCACUACUUUUGACCAGGGUCCAGAGAGCUCUGAUCAAAAGUAGUUUAGUAUAUGGGGAAUAGGGUGCCAUUUGGGACACAGUCCUCUGUUUGAACGAUGUGGACACAUCUGUGUAAGAAAUGAAUGUGGAUAUGUAAUAUAGCCUACACAUGGCCAUAGACGUUCAUGUGUCUUAGGAUAACUUGUCAUGCAUGUAAAGCGGGACUUGAACAAACCAUAUUUAAAACAAAUGUGCUUGAGCAAUGGAGGGUAGGCAGGGUUUAUUUCCCCCUCUGGAAUGUGUGUGAGGCGUGUAGUGUGCCUUUUGGAUUGUGGGUGGGAGGUUUCCUGUAAUUCCAUUCAUGCAGCCAGAGUUGGAGCCUGAACAUCUGACGAGAGAGAGAGAGACGCAGGCAGGGUGCAGGCACCAUUACAUCCCUGCCAUUCUCCACUCCGCUCUGUCCUCUCUGUUCCAUAAGUCCUGCCCAGAGCUACAGUCCCUUCAGAAAGGAUUCACACCCCUUGACUUUUUCCACAGUUAGUUGUUACAGCCUGAAUUUUAAAUGGAUUAAAUUGAGAUUGUGUGUCACUGGUCUACACACAAUACCCCAUAAUGUCAGUGGAAUUAUGUUUGUAGUAAUAUUUACAAAUUAAUGAACAAUGCUGAAAUGUCUUGAGUCAAUACGUAUUCAACCCUGUUGUUAUAACCAAAAUGUGCUAAACAAGUCACAGUAAGACUCUGUAAUUGUUGCCAGUGGUGAUUCUAACAUGUAUUGACUGAGGGGUAUGAAUAAGAUUUCUGUAUUUCAUUUUCAAUACAUUUGCUAAAAGGUUUACUUUGUCAUUAUGGGGUGUUGUGUGUAGAUGGGUGAAGAAAAAAUAAAUACAAAUUCAUCCAUUUUGAAUCCAGCCUGUAACACAACAACAUGGGGAAUAGGUCAAGGGGUAGGAAUACUUUCAGAAGGCACUGUACAAAACUUGGUUGUACAGGAAAUGGCUGUGAACACCCUAGUGAGGUCAUAUUCUGUCCCCUGGCCCUGUGGUGGGCAGGCUGUCGAGUCAACCCAUUCCCACCUGCCUCCGGAGGAGGAGGAGGAGGAGAAGAACGAGGAGAAGAACAGGGGGAAUGCCUGCCUGUUAUUCCAGACCCACUGCUGUCAGUCUGAGUAGAGUUGAAGCAUUCAAGUGGUCCCUCCCUGGAGUUUCCCCCUGUGCUGCGCUCGCAGGAAAAAGACAGUUAUAGGUUCAAUUUUGUCUGGAGCAUGUAAUUAGAAUGGCAGGGUAAUUGAAGCUGAGCUCAUGUCAUGCUGGAGAUUCAGCAUCUGAUAGUAGUGCAUGUUGUUUAGUCUCUGCUGCUCCGUGGGGUGUGUUUCUCUGGGUGUGUUUCGCUAUGUGUGUGUUUUCUUAAUUACCAGAGAACUUAUGUAAUAUCCCUGUUUGCGAUGUGAAGUGUGCCAAAGUAUUUUAAAGGCACCCGCAUACUAGGUUUGGUUUGCUCCUAGCAGAACUCUGCAAGGUGACGCGAACGUCUCACAUACUUCUUUAAAAGACCUUCACUUGAAAAACGACAAUCGUACUGUUUAUCCCUCUUGAGACGCCGUAUUAACAACAUAGCCAGUAUACACUUCCUCAUAAUAUUCAAAAUGUAUCUAAGAUUUAUCAAGAAAUCUGUAAUUAGGCCUCCCGAGUGGCGCAGCAUCUAAGGCACAGCAUCUAAGGGAUUUCCUUGUCCCAUCGCGCUCUAGUGACUCCUUGUGGCGGGCCGGGCGCCUGCAAGCUGACUCUGGUCGCCAGCUGGACGGCGUUUCCUCCGACACAUUGGUGAGGCUGGCUUCCGGGUUAAGCGAGCAGUGUGUCAAGAAGCAGUGCGGCUUGGCAGGGUCAUGUUUCGGAGGACGCAUGGCUCUCGACCUUCGACUCUCCCGAGUAUGUAGGGGAGUUGUAGCGAUGGGACAAGACUGUAACUACCAAUUGGACAUCACGAAAUUGGGGAGAAAAAUGGGUUAAAAUAAAAACAUUAACAAUCUGUGAUUUUGACUUUUACAGAGGAGGUCUUAGUUAAGCAAUUUUACAUCUAAGUAAGAUGUUUGUAGUAUUUCUCAAGUGAAAAAAAGCGCACGAAAACCAGUCGUCUCUCGUUGAAUGACAUCAAGCAUUUAAUUGAAGAAUCCCAUCCAUAGUUCCCACUCCUAGGAGUAGUACUGUUAACCAAUCACCGACAAACGGGCAUUGAUUUCGGCUACCGAACUUCGUCUUGCCUCAAGAGAAAACGUUGUGUGCACGAACAGUCAAAAAUGAACAGCAACGUCACGAAAUGGUCAUAAUAUAUGCACGAACUGUUUCGACUGGGAAGUAAGCAUGCGACAGGCUUUAGGCUCUCUUGGUCAGAACUGAUUGUCGGCAGGCCAAGUCAAUGAAAGUGGGCCACAGCAGUCAGAUGUUUGCGUCAGGGAGUUGACUUACUCGCUGACUCGUUAAAGGAAAUUGAUGGGUUUGCCAGAAGAUAUUUAAAGAUUGUCACACGCUAGCCAGACCUAUAAAGUUUUAUUGUCUUUUUUCCUGUGCCCUAUUUGAAGGGAAAAUCCCUUUUUUCACCACACACACUAUCAUCUGAGGCAUACUUUACCUGAACGUUAAAUACAGUGAAAGCAGGAUUACCUCAGCCAGUUUCUGAACAGAACCACUUUCAAUUUCAGCCGUCAGUGUAUUUUCUGCCCCGUGUCACUGCAGUAGAAGGCAGCGCCGUCAAAUGAACUGUCUCCCUCCCUCUCUGCAAUCCAAACCUUUUCCUGCUCCCCCUCCCGCCCCAGGAAGCCCCUCUCUCCUUGCAUGCAGAGCAGGGCGAAGUUCCUCUGAAUAAGCCUUCAUUGUUGACACAGCUGCUGGAAAUGUCCUUUUAAAGGAAGUGUGCUGCUGGUUGGAUUGGUUGCUGAUCGAGGAGGGCCACUGGCAGGCAUGGGUCAGGCAGGGCUGCACUGAGAGGGUGCCAGGGCCAUGGUCAUGCUCUGGUCUGGUGGCACUUGAAUGCUACUUUCUAGGUCCAGGUCACAUAAACCAGCAUAGUUCUAGCUGUACAAUCACAGAGGCUUCACCUAAUACUGUUAAUGUGUCAGAUCUCUCACAUCGUUACAAACACUGCAGUGCCUCAAGACUAAGUCUAUUCCAUUGCCCUUUGUAGAUAUUCAAUUGACUGGUUUUCAAACGACGACACAUUUUGAGUUGGGGGUUAGGCUACAACAGUAGCAUCCAUGCUAACUGCUCUCCAGUUUUCCCUGUCAACCAGACCACUGCGGAGGAUCCCAUCCCAGUGUAGGGAGAUCCCUUCCCAGGCCCCAGCUAUAGCCCAGUGUAGGGAGAUCCCAAUUCUCAUUUCCGUGACCAUAGGGAUUUAAGAGGCCUCUUUCUCUCUGCCUACUCCGCAAACAAAUUCUGCAACUCCAGCUCUGAAUAGCUUACAUCAGCUCUGAUAUCCCUCCUUCAUCCAUCUCUCCCUCCCUCUCUCUCGUCUGCAAACAAGCAAACCCACCUCUGAAGUCUGAAUAGACAACUUGCUCGCUGGUAUCCUGCCAUCCCUCUCUCUCUCCCCCACCCUCCUGUUCCCUUCCUUCACUCUAUCCCUCACUCCAUCCUCCCACCCAGAGAGAUGUGUAGUGUUCUGGCUCCUGUCUUCUUUUCUGUGGCCAUAGAGCUAAGCUUCCUCUCUCUCUGCCAAUCAAUGCUGCUGGAUCUGAAUCUCUGUAUUGAACCAGCUUCACAGACAUUCUGUCAGCUUAUGGUUUCCCUAAUGCAAGCUGACAUUUUUAAGACAGUCGUAUUUCAGCCCACUGUUUUCACAAGACCACAACAUGUCCCCUCCCCACCUUCCACCAUUCUCCACCCAGCUCUCGGUGAGAGGAGUAGGCCCUAAAUCCUGACUUCCGUCCUGAAGAAAUAUCCACAUAGAUGAUCAUAUCCACAUCGUUCCUCAUAACAGCCCGACCGCUAAAACAUUUCCGUUGUUAUUGUGAGGUCAGUGUGGCUCUAGCCCUGGCGGAAAACAUUUACCAUGUGAAAGAGUGUGUUGAAAGAGCCUUGUUAUAAGGGAUGGAGGGAGGGAGGGAGCGCGAAAGAGUGCUCUCCUUUGUGUGGUGUUUCUAUCUCUCUCUCCCUCUCUGCCUCUUUCUUGCUCUCUCUUUCCUUGCACACAAGCGUUCAGUAGCUGGUUCAUUGGCAGUAGUGAGUUGUAGAUGGAGGCUGGGCCUAACCACUCUUCUAAAGGGCAGGAAAAACGCAGAGCACGGUUGGUGCAUGCAGCAGCAGUGUGAUUCGGUCCUGUGCCAGCCCAGCCUGCGCCUCCAGACCCCUUUCAUCACACAGCUCCCUUUGUUCAGCCCCUUUCUUAGGCCCCCCCGUCCCCAUGCCAACCAUUGCUAUGUAUACUGUUGAUGGCGUUGGCUUACCCAGACAUAAGGAGGCACCUGGGAUUGUUCUCUGAAAAUCUGACAAAGAUGGUGAAGGAAAAUGUAGCCCAUAUACAAAUUCCAGAGCAUACUAUUGAAUGAGCGUACUAUGGAAUGAAUAUUUGCUAAAGGAAAUGUUCAUUGAAAUACACUAAGUCAAUUAAAAUCAUGGAACAAGGUUGGAUAUAGUCUCAAUAUACAGCAUGUUGGAAAGGGAGACACAAAAUGAAGUUGAACCUUUAUAGUAUACAGUGAGGGAAAAAAGUAUUUGAUCCCCUGCUGAUUUUGUACGUUUGCCCACUGACAAAGACAUGAUCAGUCUAUAAUUUUAAUGGUAGGUUUAUUUGAACAGUGAGAGACAGAAUAACAACAAAAAAAUCCAGAAAAACGCAUGUCAAAUGUUAUAAAUUGAUUUGCAUUUUAAUGAGGGAAAUAAGUAUUUGACCCCUCUGCAAAACAUGACUAAGUACUUGGUGGCAAAACCCUUGUUGGCAAUCAGAGGUCAGACGUUUCUUGUAGUUGGCCACCAGGUUUGCACACAUCUCAGGAGGGAUUUUGUCCCACUCCUCUUUGCAGAUCUUCUCCAAGUCAUUAAGGUUUUGAGGCUGAGGUCAUUGUCAUGCUGGAAUACCCAUCCACAACCCAUUUUCAAUGCCCUGGCUGAGGGAAGGAGGUUCUCACCCAAGAUUUGACGGUACAUGGCCCCGUCCAUCGUCCCUUUGAUGCGGUGAAGUUGUCCUGUCCCCUUAGCAGAAAAACACCCCCAAAGCAUAAUGUUUCCACCUCCAUGUUUGUCGGUGGGGAUGGCGUUCUUGGGGUCAUAGGCAGCAUUCCUCCUCCUCCAAACACGGCGAGUUGAGUUGAUGCCAAAGAGCUCCAUUUUGGUCUCAUCUGACCACAACACUUUCACCCAGUUCUCCUCUGAAUCAUUCAGAUGUUCAUUGGCAAAUUUCAGACGGGCAUGUAUAUGUGCUUUCUUGAGCAGGGGGACCUUGCGGGUGCUGCUGGAUUUCAGUCCUUCACGGCGUAGUGUGUUACCAAUUGUUUUCUUGGUGACUAUGGUCCCAGCUGCCUUGAGAUCAUUGACAAGAUCCUCCCGUGUAGUUCUGGGCUGAUUCCUCACCGUUCUCAUGAUCAUUGCAACUCCACGAGGUGAGAUCUUGCAUGGAGCCCCAGGCCAAGGGAGAUUGACAGUUCUUUUGUGUUUCUUCCAUUUGCGAAUAAUCGCACCAACUGUUGUCACCUUCUCACCAAGCUGCUUGGCGAUGGUCUUGUAGCCCAUUCCAGCCUUGUGUAGGUCUACAAUCUUGUCCAAGACAUCCUUGGAGAGCUCUUUGGUCUUGGCCAUGGUGGAGAGUUUGGAAUCUGAUUGAUUGAUUGCUUCUGUGGACAGGUGUCUUUUAUACAGGUAACAAACUGAGAUUAGGAGUACUCCCUUUAAGAGUGUGCUCCUAAUCUGAGCUCGUUACCUGUAUAAAAGACUCCUGGGAGCCAGAAAUCUUUCUGAUUGAAAGGGGGUCAAAUACUUAUUUCCCUCAUUAAAAUGUAAAUCAAUUUAUAACAUUUUUGACAUGCGUUUUUCUGGAUUUUUUUUGUUGCUAUUCUGUCUCUCACUGUUCAAAUAAACCUACCAUUAAAAUUAUAGACUGAUCAUUUCUUUGUCAGUGGGCAAACGUACAAAAUCAGCAGGGGAGCAAAUACUUUUUUCCCUCAUUGUACAAGACAAAUUCCCCAAAUAUUUUGUGGUAAGACAGUCACUGUAACGGUAUGAUGACUUUGCCAUCCCCUGGCUUCUCUCAUCAGAAGAAUCCCUGAUUAGAUUCCUGAAAUGCAGACAAUAAAAUAAUUUGACUGGGAGGAAAGAUAUUCAGCCCUCCCUCCCUCUCCUGUCUCUCUCCUUCUCUCCAUCUCAUGUUCAAUUUAAACACUGCACAAUUUACAAGUGUAAAUAUUGUACUAUAUAUUGUGCCUUCCUGUAUUAUACUUAUGAUAAAAUGUUUAUUCUAUUCUACUGAGCCAUUUACUUUAUGUUCGUAUUCUUACCUUUUAUUUCUUGUUGUUGCAUUGUCAAGAAGGAACCUGCAAGUAAGCAUUUCGUUGGAUGGGGUAUACCAUGUGUAUCCUUCACAUACGACUAAUAAUACAACUUGACUUGACGCUGAGGAACGAUCUGGAGAUGUUGCGACUCAGUCUGGCGUGAAAACAAGGAUUAGAAAAACAGUGCGAAAUACACCUCUUGAAAUUAAUCUCUCUACCCCUCUCUCUCACUCUUCUCUCGCCCCCAUUUCUCUUUAUCUGCCCCCCCUCUUUCUCUAGGUGAAUCUGGUUUGGGGAAGUCUACACUGAUCAACUCCCUCUUCCUGACAGACUUGUAUUCUCCUGAAUACCCUGGUCCCUCUCACAGAAUCAAGAAGACUGUACAGGUAAACACUAAGAUGCCCUAUCUAUUUGAUGUAUUUAUUCAUGGUAUAUUUGAAUGGGAACAGAUAGAAACACAGUGAAUAAACGAUCACCUGAUUAUAUGUUGCACCAUAGCGCCAACUAAUUUUCAACACCCUACUUGUGUUUCUCUCUAGGAAUAAAACGUUAUACUUCUGUCCCUUUUGUAACAGAUUAGUAAUCCCCGCCCCUCCCUCCUCUAACAGGAAACGACUGUUCUUUUCCAAAAGAAAAUAAAUAUUUCAGCUCACUCGCCACAUUAAAAAGCUGUUUCCCCUUUCUGUUGCUUUAUGUGCAGUGUGGUAGCUAGGUAACGUGUCUCCAUCCUGUCUGACUUACCCAUAAGUCCCUCUGUUGCCCACAAACGGCCUGCUAUUCUCUGGUAAAUUAUCUGAUGUUGAGGCACUGCCAAGUCAGCAGGUUUUAUAAUGCUGGAGCCUAAAGGAAUUCAUACCAGUAGGCCUAACCCAGUAGGUUUGGCCAUAAUCUGUCUGAUGCAGAUCUGGGUCGUGUUCAGUGGGAAUGACAUAGAAGAAAACGGUCCGAAACAGGCCCUGUAAUAUUUUUCUCUGGGCUGUGGCCUCUUCUGGAAUAGUUUAACCCUGGCAUUGGCCUGGUUAACUGCUGGUACCCCAGGCUGUGCUAACACAGGUGUGCCCCAGCCAGCUCCCACCCUGCCCUUUCUGUUCUCUUGUUUUGGUUCGUUGAUGUCACAGCCCUGACCCUCCCUCCACUUCAUACCUGCUCUCUGACACGCUUCUGGGUUGGCCACUCAAAACCUGUUACACUCCGACAGGGUGGUAUCUACUCAUAACCUGGUACCACCGCUGCCCAGUCUGUUGUCUGUCUGUCUGUUUGUGAAUAACAAGGCUUACAACCAGUUAAUCUACUUAGACUAGGAGGAAUGACUUUGACUGCAAAGAUAUGGGCCUCUGUAACCACACAGAAUAUCAGACUGACUCAUUGACUGGGAAAACGAAUGGUGUGCAAAACAAAUAGCAACAGGGAGUUUUUGCUGGAGAGAGAACUAGUACAUUUCAUUAUAACUGGAGUCAUGCUCCUCUCCUCUCUGUGGGUGUAAUAGUAGUGACUACUGAGACAGAAGUUGUUGCUCAGGUCAGGGGAAAUUAGUUGUACUCGCUAAGGCAGGGAACGUUAUUUCUAAAAAGGGUAACAGGGAGGAAAUCGGACAUCUCUGAAAUGAAAAUGGAUGGCCCUCCCUUCAGCAAAAUAUAUUUUACCUAAUCCCUCCCUGAACGUUUGGGAAAAAAACAAGUGACCCUCCCUUAUACCCAAAAUAAUAAUUAAAACAAAGUGGAUAGCAGAGAACAUGUCUACCGUUUACCCUCACAGACCAGAGCCUUAGAGAUGCAGUUUUAGAAACAGUUUUAUGUUCUGUAAGCAUUACAUGGCAAAGCAGGAAUUUCGAUAGCGCACAGGGCUUCGGGACAGAAGGUUGUGUGUUCGCAGACCACCGUGAACAAGAGUAGGGGUGAAAGGUUAUCCUGUAUAGUAAAAGCAUUGCAUGAAUCUAUCAACAUAUUUGCAGGUCCGAGAGAAAAUUGACUUUCAUAAAAAUGUCAUGCAAUUCUGUCAUUUUACAUAUUAGCAGGAUCUUUUUUAAUACCACACAAAUUACCGGAAUUCCAGGCUAAGAAUGGACAGAGAGAUGGGCCUAUGUGUUCAUCUUAUCAUAUUUCUCCAAUGUCAAAUCAGUGUCUUGUUUGCAUCGAAACUGUCCCUGUUAAAUAAAUAAUUAAAUCUGACACGUCAUUAGGAAUCUGAGCAUGAUACUUUCAAAAGUUAAGCCUAACUUUCCACCCCAGACAGAGUAGGCCUACCGACGCAGGAAAAUGUAAGCUUUAACUACUGGCUACUCUUCUUCCAUGGCUUAACCCAAUGAGAGAAGGUAACAAGUGUUUCCCUUAAAGCUGUCUGGGUUUAAACAUAUUGAUACAGAAAGUGAAUAGCUUAGUCAAUUGAUAGUGACAGAUUACUUCCCAAGCAAAGUCUAUUUCUUUGUCUCCUCUGCUAUAGAAGGUUGUAGCGCAGCCUCUGAAUGUCAGAGAAACUAAACAAUUAUAUAUUUCCACAUAUGCAUCGGAGUCACGUCUUUCACAGCUUGUUUCUAGCAUAAAGCACUGCAUACCAAAGCGCUGUUAUAGAUCACUUUAUAUAAUCGGAUCGGUUUUAUUUUCUUAAAAUAUCUUAAGCUAACAAGGGGUAUGCCUGUGCUUUUUGCCAUUUUCUUUAAUAAAAGGAAGGCCUAUGGCAUGCCCUCUCAUACCCCCUCUAUUUGAGUCUUGGUUUUAACUUAACAGCCCUGCACUGACACGGAGGUAGGCUAUUUAAAGAGUGCAUGGUGGGUGGAGGAAAUGACCAACAAAUCUAUGGAUAUAGCAUCCUAUAGCCUAAUUUCGUCUGUCAAACAGGUAGACCUACCUCUUACUUCUUAAAUAGGAAGAAAUGGGCUCCAACACAAAGCCCUCUUGUUCUUAGUAAGUCUAAUUAAAAUGGAGACCGUUGAAAUGAGUUAUGCCUACUCUAAUUGACUUACUUUCAGUACCAUGAGCUGUCCAUUUCUGAUUGAUUGUGCUGCGGCUGCUGCUUCAUGUUUCAGCACCACAAUGUAAGUUACUUGAAUCUGGCUUAUUGUGAGGUCAAUAACUCAGAUAAAUACAUCAUGGGCAAGAAACAUAUAUAUUGUUUUUAUCAAAUCAAUUAUAGUAGUAUCAAGCUAUCAAAGUUGAUCUCCGGUCCUCCUCCUCAUCCUCGCUCUCCUUCUCAUACUGAACAGAACAUAGGUUAUAUCCCUCAAACUCAACUCUGGACCUUGACGCCAGUACCACUGCAUUGUUUCAUUGUUCCCCUCCUAAUCAGAGUGAUUUAGAUCUGGGACACCAGGUGUAGCAUAGACAGGUAAUGAUGGGAAAACCAGCAGGCUCUGGACUUUGUAGGGUAAGAGUUGAGUACCCCUGGGAUAUAGUCUAGUCUGCGCGCGCCUAAUAAAAAAAUAUUUUGUGAAGGAGCCUUUGACUCUCCUCCUGACCUGCCACUGCAGGCCUACACAGCACAGCCAUUGGUUAGGCGGCACACAAAGGUUUUGAUCAGCAAGAGCAGAGCAGGCCGGGGCUCAGGGUUGGAAUAUCCAUUGCAGUGUGUAAUGCAGCCUAGUUUUAUUUACACCAUCCCAGCAGCUGUCUUAGAAAUAUAACUUUGCUCUGUGCUUCUCCGAGCAUGCACUUUGUAGCCUAUAAGCUAUGGAUAAUUUGAGACCACACUAAAUAGCCUAUAGGCACACUUGAUAUUGCGUGUCCAGCGGAGAUUCAGUGAUGAGGGGCGACAUCGGGCACACAUCGAGAUAUAUAUAUAUAUAUAUAUAUAUAUAUAUAUAUAUAUAUAUAUAUAUAUAUAUAUAUAUAUAUAUAUAUAUAUAUAUAUAUAUAUAUAUAUAUAUAUAUAUAUAUAUAUAGGGCAGACCAGGGCAUACCUAUAAAUAGUAAAACCAGAGAAACUGAUCAUCUUGCAGUGGUCUCUUACUUUUUCAGAGAGAGAGAGAGAGAGAGCUCUCCUAAUAAGCAACUAAUUCUAAAACACAAGUAUUGAAAGUUAAUCAAUUACAAAUUACAUGACCCUCCGCUGGACUAGAUAAAAAAUAAUAAUAAUACUAAACCCUCCCCUUGACUGAAACUGAAAAAGCCUGACCCUCCCCCAAUUUCCUCCAGGUCCCCAUUCUGUACAUUUCGAUCCAUCCCUAACAUCCCUAGCUGCCUGAUGGCCACUGCUGUAAACCUGUAGCCAGAUGCACACAUACACACGUCUUCUAUUAGUCUAGUCUGAUGAGGGAUGAGCCCCAGUCAAUCUGGGAAAUCAAGUUACAACCAACCAAGGGGAUAACAAUCAGACCACCACACUUCCCCGUGAUUUAUGAUACACACACACACUCACAAUGUAAUUUUUCAUUAAGAGAAGCAUUGAAAUUGAUGAGAGAUUUUAUAUUUUUGUGUAGGAUUAUGGAUUCUCCUAAACUGGUCCAAACUAGUGUUUUGCUACUGGUAUGGUGGUAGUGGUAUUGACAUUGGGGUAUGAAUGGUAUUAGUGAUUUUAUAGAUAUUCCCUCUCCUACUCUAUUUGCCCACACGUUGAGAAAUACUUUUCUUCUCCCGUCCAGUUUUAUCACUGACACUGCCAUGUUUCUGAAUAUGGAAUAUUCAAACGUCUGUGAAAGAAGUGUCUGUAAAACAUCACCACUGCAGACACCUAUUUGUAAAUGUCUGUUUUGCUGAGAGAGCUGCCUUUAUCUGUUUGCUGAUCUCUGAGCCCAGGUUUGAAUGAGCCUAAUGUGAAGUUAAGAGGAUUCCCAAAAAUGUCCCAUCCUUUUGGUUUAUUCUGUUUGUCUUGCAGCUGCCUGAAUGAGUUCCCUAACUCAGCCACACACACACAGCCACAGACACACACACACAACCACACGCACAAGCUCUGACUGGCGUUGGAUCUCAUUUAAUAUGUCAAGUAUGGCCUCCAGGCCAAUUCCUGGUGUUGAAAGCCAUAAACAGCCUGCAGUGUGUGUGUGUGCACGCCAUAGGAUUGGCCAUGCACGCGCCUCACAGCACAGAGGGGCACUCCAAACAGACUGUUUCCUGUGUUGAUUGAACAGGUGUUAAACAUGGGUCUCUUUUAUCAGAGCUGGGCUACAUGCCCCUAAAUCUAAUAUCUCUCUGUUCCUAUCUCUCCAAUGUUUCUCUUACAGCCUGUUUGAGUUCACUGUGCCAAUGGCACAUCUUAUCUUUAACCCAAACACCAGAUGUUCUCGGGAGGAGUGGAUUUAUUUAUUAUUUUGUAAUUUUUUGGUCAGUAAAGAGGCGUUGUUUUGUGAGGUGCUGGUUUAUUUGUUUUGUUAAAGCGAAUUUAGCUGUUGAGUGAUUUUAGAUGGCACGUAGUUCCAUUCGAUCAUGCCUCCAUAUAAUACUGUGCAUUGCAUUGACUUAGUUUUGUAUUUUGGGACUGUGAAGAGACUUCUUGUUGCAUGUCUUGUAGGGUACGAAUGUCAGAGCUGUAUGUUAGCUGAUUGAAUAGACAGUUUGGAAUUUUUAACACAAGAAGUGACGCAGUCAACCUCUCCUCUACUCCUGGGUUGACUACCCAGGUUGUUUGUGUCUUUGUUUGUUGGCGCAGCACUGGCAGUAAAAAUCCCAGUCCUUACUAAGGGUUCUGAAUCUGAAGAUUGAGGGAGGAAAGGAGGGAGACUGACAAGGAGAGAGCUGGAGAAAGAGAAGGGAGCGGGAGGAUCUGAUCUGUCUGGGUGUCACUACUACCACUACCUGGCGCCAUGCCAGUUGAAGAAGAGGAAGUAGUCAUAGUACUAACAGGAAGUAGUACUGAAGGUGCCAGACUUGGUUUACCGUCUCAUGAUGACAACACCUGAUCAAUGGUUAGCCUUCUAGUUUGACCUGCUUCCUCUCCUGGGCCCUCAGCAUAGGUUAGGUGUGCAGCAGGAGUGCUAUCUAGUUUUCAGACUUCACAGAAACAUCCAUCCAAGAAGGAUUACCCACAUUGUAUUGUACCUCCCCUUUGAAGUUGCAUGAAAGUGAUCCCGUUUCUGUGAUUCACUGCCAAUAGAAACAUAGCCUCUGCCUGGGUGUGUGUGGUAUUCUAUGUAGCUAGCUUACACCCACAGAAGCUCCAGCAUUUCUCUGGACUUGUUCCCUCUCAUGUGUGAUUCUUCUCAACACUACAGUCUAAAUCUCCACUAAGCCCAGACAGCACUGCUCUGUUUUCACCCAGCACCCGCCAAUUUGUUUACCUGCGCAUUACACACCCUUAAGCACUUAUUAAAGUUUAAACGAGAUUAGAGUGCAUGUCUGUGUUUUCUCUGCUUCCUUUGGCUCCAAUCGUGAGCGUUAUUCCAGAGGUUUCCUGAUAAACUUGGCAGGGUCAGGAUCCCAGAAGGGAAGAGUAGUUAGUGGGAACUCUCUGCUUGUUUAUCCUAGAGGAGGAGGAGAGGAAGAAUGACUACAGCCUUUCUUUCUUUCUUUCUUUCUUUCUUUUUUACGUCUCCCUCUGUCCAGGAACCACAAACUAAUGACAUUUCACAUAAUUGUGGUGUCUUUUGUUUCCCAGUCGAGCCAGAGUGAUGUGAUGAAACCCAAUGGAAUGCAUUGGUUGGGUAAUGAACAACAGACCCACCAAGAUCCAUCCAGAUCUGUUUGGAGGUCUGAAGACUGUGGGGUGAUGAGGGUUAUGCUAUAUUAUGUUAUUGGAGGGACAGUGCUAGCCUGGUCCCAGAUGUAUUCCUCCUAUUCAGCCAACUCCAGUGCUCAUUGCCACCAACCAUAGGAGUUGGCUGAACAAAUCUGGACCAGGGCAGGGCAGGCGUCUAUGUCGGUUAGUUAAGAACAGAUGUAGAGGGGACGAGGCUAGCGCUUAGCGUGCUAAUGUCUGUCUGCCAGCCCAAUGUCCUCGUGUAACACAGCUGAGCAAACCAACCGUAGCGGAGAGGAGUGUGGCGAAAUGGUCAGUGUUGUGUUCCUCUUCCCUGUCUGUCUGUGAGGACGUUGUGGUCAGUCACUUAGAGGCAUGGCUGUGGCAUGACUCACUCUGUUGAGGAGAGAGGUAGGAACCGAACGAGAGCGGGGGGUGGGGGGAUAAGAGAGUGAAAAGGAAGAGAGCGGGGGAAGGGAGAAAGGAGGGAGGGAUUAGAUAUGUGGACAGAUUAUUUCGUAGAUGUUUACUCAGCACUGAUCCCUCUUCUCCUACCAUUACACUGUUUAGUACCAUCUAACUCCUUCCAGACAGGGAGGGGUCCAUGUCAGUUGUUUUUGUUCAUUCAGUGUCUCACACUAGCAUCUGCCAUUCAUGACACUGUAAAGGGCGCAGUCGGUUGAAGAGCAUGAAUGAAACCUGUUUUGUAAUGCCACUGUCAAUCAUCUAUGCUAUGAUGGAGCCUGAGAAGAUAUCUGUAACCAGUUUUUAGUUUUGGUUACAACGCCAGGGUUGUGGGUUCGAUUCCCACGGGGGGCCAGUCACUAACUGUAAGUUGCUCUGAAUAUUUAGCUCUAUGCUAAAUGACUAAAAUGUAAAAAAUGUAAACAGGACAGUCUAGAGAAGGGGGAGGGGAAGUGAGUGAGGAAAAGAGGGGAGAGAGAGAGAAGGAAUGAGAGUGGAAGAAGGGAGAAAGUCCUACUCUGAUGGUGCUUAAAGGACCAGGGUGAGGUCUAUGAAUAUGGGGUUAGAGGUCAGGUAAAGAGACAGGAGGAGCUUAAUGUGCAGUCUGAUGGAUUCCUGGAAAUGGAAGGGUAGGUCAGGGGCAGUAAAAGGCAGCACUACACACACACACACACACACACACACACACACACACUGUGUGAACAGCCGUGUUCUAGCCAGGCCCCCAGUGUCCGGUCUGGUGCGUAGCAACCUGCGUAGCAACUUAGCGGUGCCAAAAGCCGUGGUCUGCCCUAGAAAGCCCUGGUCUGCCCUAGAAAGCCCUGGUCUGCCCUAGAAAGCCUAUAUAAAUUAUGACCGCCAGAACGGACCCUACAUUUUUUUUUUGGGGGGGGGACUGUCGUUUUGGGCUCAAAUUAGUUAAUGAUCAAGUUUGAUCCCCACUGUGAAUUAUUACAAAUUUGGACAGACAGACAGACGUGUUGUCACGCUGCCUUAUAAAAAAAAAAAAAAAAAGCUGUGUGCAUUCCAGCUCUGACGAUUGAGUGACUCACGUCAACCGACAAAUCUAGAUUUACUAGCUGGAAAUAAAAGAAAAAAUCUAACCAUGCAAUUUCCCUCUCCAUUGUUUUCCCUGCUGGUUAGUAGUUCAACUGUGGCUGGAGCACGCACGAACACACACACACACACACACAAGCACGAACACACACACACACAGAUCCGUUCACACAUGACAUAUCAUCUGUGUUUUCAAAACAUCCUUCAGAAGAGAACCCAUCAUGACCUGUCUAUGCUACAGAUAACGGUUUGGAAAAGUAUGCAUUGUUUCUGGGUCAAGGAUGGUUGUCUAAAGUAUGCAUUUCAUGCUUUUGAACGUAGUCUUUCAAAUCAACAAAGUUAGCUAUAUUUUGAGAGGAUGUGCGUAGAUGAAUUGAUAAGAUGAUACCUGUGAAAGUGUGACUCCUGCUUUUAGUGUUCUUUCUGCACAGCCAGCUAGCCAUUCUAAAUGGUGUCAUUAUUAGUGUUGUGGCAGAACGGUGGUCUGGACACAGUGGCCUGUUCAAACAGCCGUAAGACUGCGUCCCAAAUGGCACCCUAUUCCCUACAUAGUGCACUACUUUUGACCAGAGCACUAUGGGUCCUGGUCAAAAGUAGUGCACUAUAUAAGGAAUAGGGUGCGAUUUGGGACAGAUAAGUCACCCACCCAGAAAGCAGACCUACCGCCCGGCCUGGCAGGACACCUUUUUAGGUCCAACUCUGAUCCCUUUCACUAGCUGACUGGAAAUAGAUGCUCCCCCACUAAAUACCUGUUUUCUCUUUAAUUACCUGUCUCUCCUUUUUUGAUCCUCAAAAUGUUUUGACUCAUCACUGACUCAAACAGUUGUUAUUUUAUUUUCUCUCUCUCGCUCUCUCGCUCUCUCGCGCUCUCGCUCUCUCCCUGUCCCUUCUCUCUCGCUUUCUCUCUCCCCCUCCCUUCUCUCUCUCACCUAAAUCAGCUUGACUAUCACCUACCAAAACACACUAGUUGUUUUCUCUUUUAUUUCCCUCUUAUUUUCUUUCGGAGGUCUAGCUAAAUCAGCUCUCAGGCUGUUGCUCUGUGUUAGCCGGCCAGGUGGUGGCCUGCCCACAGUGGGGCCCACAGUGGGGCUGUGUGUGGGAGAGGAAGCCUUUAGCCAGGGCCCAGCUGGUGGGCAGAGGGAGAGCAGCCGUAACCCAGCCUCGGGCCCAGACCACGGGCAUUCUGUGGCGCUGUCUAAGUGGAAGGUGACGGCUCAGUUUAGCUGCCUGUGGUUAAACUGAAAUGUGCUGCUCUUUGGGAAACCAUGGGCUGCCGGCUGGGCUGGCUUUCUCAAAAUGGUCCUACAGCAAUGAAGUAUGUCAUCAAGUAAACAAAAUGGUAGUAAGGCCGCUUAUAUCACUAAGUACAUCCAGUUGUGAUAUGAUGUGUGUGAAAGCAUGAGGUAUAGUAGUGUUUUAUGUUGGGGUCUGUGUACAACUGCUAAAGCUGAGCUUGCUUUUACUGUACAUACACAAUGAUGGCUUCCAUUGCAAUCUGAGCGGAACACGGCAGGCCUUCCAUAUGUUCCUCCUGAUUUAUUUAAUUGAAGUGCAGCUCAUCUGCUAAUUACAAGUGCUGGUCUGGCUCGCCUGCUGAUUUUAAAGCUCUCUGAUCAGCUAAGAGGCCACUCUGCAAGCCGCUCUUUACACCCCUUACUGGACACUCCAGGUGGGCAGCCAAAUACAGCUCUCUCUGGGUCUAAGGUCAAAGAUCUUCUAAGACCGUGUUGCUGGAUUCAUCCUCACAGUCUGCCUGGCUGGCAACCUUCCACAAGCGUAUCUCUAUCUGUGAUUUAUAUCCGUGAUAUCUGUGAUAUAAUGCCACAUUUUUUUCUACCUGGGCUUUUGUAGUUUGAUGGGUAGCUAACUUCUCCGAACAGACACUUUCUAGAUAAAGAUGAAAGGAAAGGACUGUCAGACCUCCUAACCAAGCCCCUGAGUCUGAGCCCAUCCCCUCAACAGAGGAGGAGUGCUUUGAGGUGGAGAGACUGCAAACUGUCACCAUUAGUUAUUAUUUCUUAUACACGCUAUGAUGCAACGCAUCGGAUGAUUCUUUUUUCCAAUGUGUCAAUAUGUUUGUACAUGUCCCUAUUCCAGCGUUUCCCAAACUUGGUCCUUGGGACCCAAAGGGGUGCACGUUUUUGUUUUUUAUCAACAGUGUAGUGCUAGGGCAAAAACCAAAAUGUGCACCCCUUGGGGUCCCGAGGACCGAGUUUGGGAAACCCUGCCCUAUUCAAAUGAACCAUAAAUGGGAAGAGAUUGAUGUAAUGGUGUUUUUGGAAGUUCAACAUGAUUCUGUGCUGAAUUUCUACAUGUCUUUGUUGUAAUUAUUUAGUGUUCUCUACAAUCUCAGGUGGAGCAGUCUAAGGUGCUGGUAAAGGAAGGAGGAGUUCAGCUUCUUCUCACCAUCGUUGACACGCCAGGGUUCGGGGACGCUGUCGACAACAGUAACUGGUACGUCUGACUAGCUGACUAGCCUGCCCUAUAUCUCUAUCUAUAUCUCUAUCUGAAUGUGUAUAUUCUACAUUAAAUGUAGACACAAUGUUACCUGACAUUGAGUAAUGUAUGUGUGCUCUGCUCUCCUAUAGCUGGCAGCCAGUCAUCGAUCACAUCGACAGUAAGUUUGAGGAUUACCUAAACUCAGAGUCCCGGGUCAACAGACGGCAAAUGCCUGACAACAGAGUGCACUGCUGCCUCUACUUCAUCGCCCCCUCUGGACACGGGUAGGUACUGCAGCUGAAACACAACAUAAAAAUUCAGUCGUGAAUCACAGAGUUGAAAUUGUCGUGUUGCUUCUAAAAAUUUUAAUAAUUCUUCAAGGGUUAAUUGAGCAUGAUCUUGAGGCUCUUGAGACUGUUCCCUAACAGGGCAGACUAGACAGGGUAUUGGUCACGGAAAGAAAUGAGUAGUACAACUACAGUGCAUUCGGAAAGUAUUCAGACCCCUUGACUUUUUCCACAUUUUGUUACGUUACAGCCUUAUUGUUUUUUUCCCCCCCUCAUCAAUCUACACACAAUACCACAUUAUGACAAAGUAAAACAAGUUUUUAGAAAUGUUUGCACAUUUAUAAAAAUAAAAAAAAACUAUAAAGUUUACAUAAGUAUUCAGACCCUUUAUCAAUCAAUUUUAUUUUUUUUCAAUCAAUUUUAUUUUAUAUAGCCCUUCGUACAUCAGCUAAUAUCUCGAAGUGCUGUACAGAAACCCAGCCUAAAACCCCAAACAGCUAGUAAUGCAGGUGUAGAAGCACGGUGGCUAGGAAAAACUCCCUAGAAAGGCCAAAACCUAGGAAGAAACCUAGAGAGGAACCAGGCUAUGAGGGGUGGCCAGUCCUCUUCUGGCUGUGCCGGGUGGAGGUUAUAACAGAACCAUGCCAAGAUGUUCAAAAAUGUUCAUAAGUGACAAGCAUGGUCAAAUAAUAAUCAGGAAUAAAUCUCAGUUGGCUUUUCAUAGCCGAUCAUUAAGAGUUGAAAACAGCAGGUCUGGGACAGGUAGGGGUUCCAUAACCGCAGGCAGAACAGUUGAAACUGGAAUAGCAGCAAGGCCAGGCGGACUGGGGACAGCAAGGUGUCAGCAUGCCCGGUAGUCCUGACGUAUGGUCCUAGGGCUCAGGUUCUCAGAGAGAAAGCGAGAACGAGAGAAUUAGAGAGAGCAUACUUAAAUUCACACAGGACACUGGAUAAGACAGGAGAAGUACUCCAGGUAUAACCAACUAACCCCAGCCCCCCGACACAUAAACUACUGCAGCAUAAAUACUGGAGGCUGAGACAGGAGCGGUCCGGAGACACUGUGGCCCCAUCCGAAGAAACCCCCGGACAGGGCCAAACAGGAAGGAUAUAACCCCACCCACUCUGCCAAAGCACAGCCCCCGCACCACUAGAGGGAUCAAGGCCGAGUAUAGCCCACAGAGGUCUCCACCACAGCACAAACCAAGGGGGGGCGCCAACCCAGACAGGAAGAUCACGUCAGUAACUCAACCCACUCAAGUGACGCACCCCUCCUAGGGACGGCAUGAAAGAGCACCAGCAAGCCAGUGACUCAGCCCCUGUAACAGGGUUAGAGGCAGAGAACCCCAGUGGAGAGAGGGGAACCGGCCUGGCAGAGACAGCAAGGGCUGUUCGUUGCUCCAGAGCCUUUCCGUUCACCUUCACACUCCUGGGCCAGACUACACUCAAUCAUAUGACCUACUGAAGAGAUAAGUCUUCAGUAAAGACUUAAAGGUUGAGACCGAGUCUGCGUCUCUCACAUGGGUAGGCAGACUGUUCCAUAAAAAUGGAGAUCUAUAGGAGAAAGCCCUGCCUCCCGCUGUUUGCUUAGAAAUUCUAGGGACAAUUAGGAGGCCUGCGUCUUGUGACCGUAGCGUACGUAUUGGUAUGUACGGCAGGACCAACUCGGAAAGAUAGGUAGGAGCAAGCCCAUGUAACGCUUUAUAGGUUAACAGUAAAACCUUGAAAUCAGCCCUUGCCUUAACAGGAAGCCAGUGUAGGGAAGCUAGCACUGGAGUAAUAUGAUCAAAUUUCUUGGUUCUAGUCAGGAUUCUAGCAGCCGUAUUUAGCACUAACUGAAGUUUAUUUAGUGCUUUAUCCGGGUAGCCGGAAAGUAGAGCAUUGCAGUAGUCUAACCUAGAAGUAACAAAUGCAUGGAUUAAUUUUUCUGCAUCAUUUUUGGACAGAAAAUUUCUGAUUUUUGCAAUGUUACGUAGAUGGAAAAAAGCUGUCCUUGAAACAGUCUUGAUAUGUUCGUCAAAAGAGAGAUCAGGGUCAAGAGUAACGCCGAGGUCCUUCACAGUUUUAUUUGAGACGACUUUACAACCAUCAAGAUGAAUUGUCAGAUUUAACAGAAGAUCUCUUUGUUUCUUGGGACCUAGAACAAGCAUCUCUGUUUUGUCCAAGUUUAAAAGUAGAAAGUUUUCAGCCAUCCACUUCCUUAUGUCUGAAACACAGGCUUCUAGCGAGGGCAAUUUUGGGGCUUCACCAUGUUUCAUUGAAAUGUACAGCUGUGUGUCAUCCGCAUAGCAGUGAAAGUUAACAUUAUGUUUUCGAAUAACAUCCCCAAGAGGUAAAAUAUAUAGUGAAAACAAUAGUGGUCCUAAAACGGAACCUUGAGGAACACCGAAAUGUACAGUUGAUUUGUCGGAGGACAGACCAUUCACAGAGACAAACUGAUAUCUUUCCGACAGGUAAGAUCUAAACCAGGCCAGAACUUUUCCGUGUAGACCAAUUUGGGUUUCCAGUCUCUCCAAAAGAAUGUGGUGAUCGAUGGUGUCAAAGGCAGCACUAAGGUCUAGUAGCACGAGGACAGAUGCAGAGCCUCGGUCUGACGCCAUUAAAAGGUCAUUUACCACCUUCACAAGUGCAGUCUCAGUGCUAUGAUGGGGUCUAAAACCAGACUGAAGCAUUUCGUAUACAUUGUUUGUCUUCAGAAAGGCAGUGAGUUGCUGCGCAACAGCUUUUUCAAAAAAUUUUGAGAGGAAUGGAAGAUUCGAUAUAGGCCGAUAGUUUUUUAUAUUUUCCGGGUCAAGGUUUGGCUUUUUCAAGAGAGGCUUUAUCACUGCCACUUUUAGUGAGUUUGGUACACAUCCGGUGGAUAGAGAGCUGUUUAUUAUGUUCAACAUAGGAGGGCCAAGCACAGGAAGCAGCUCCUUCAGCAGUUUAGUAGGAAUAGGAUCCAGUAUGCAGCUUGAAGGUUUAGAAGCCAUGAUUAUUUUCAUCAUUGUGUCAAGAGAUAUAGUACUAAAACACUUAAGUGUCUCUCCCGAUCCCAGGCCCUCGCAGAGCUGUGCAGAUCCAGGACAGCUAAGCCCUGGAGGAAUACGCAGAUUCAAAGAGGAGUCCGUAAUUUGCUUUCUAAUGGUCAUGAUCUUUUCCUCAAAGAAGUUCAUGAAUUUAUUACUGCUGAAGUGAAAGCCAUCCUCUCUUGGGGAAUGCUGCUUUUUAGUUAGCUUUGCAACAGUAUCAAAAAUAAAUUUUGGAUUGUUCUUAUUUUCCUCGAUUAAGUUGGAAAAGUAGGAUGAUCGAGCAGCAGUGAGGGCUCUUCGGUACUGCACGGUACUGUCUUUCCAAGCUAGUCGGAAAACUUCCAGUUUGGUGUGGCGCCAUUUCCGUUCCAAUUUCCUGGAAGCUUGCUUCAAAGCUCGGGUAUUUUCUGUAUACCAGGGAGCUAGUUUCUUAUGACAAAUGUUUUUCGUUUUUAGGGGUGCAACUGCAUCUAGGGUAUUGCGCAAGGUUAAAUUGAGUUCCUCAGUUAAGUGGUUAACUGAUUUUUGUCCUCUGACGUCCUUGGGUAGGCAGAAGGAGUCUGGAAGGGCAUCAAGGAAUUUUUGUGUUGUCUGAGAAUUUAUAGCACGACUUUUGAUGCUCCUUGGUUGGGGUCUGAGCAGAUUAUUUGUUGCGAUUGCAAACGUAAUAAAAUGGUGGUCCGAUAGUCCAGGAUUUUGUGGAAAAACAUUAAGAUCUACAACAUUUAUUCCAUGGGACAAAACUAGGUCCAGAGUAUGACUGUGGCAGUGAGUAGGUCCAGAGACAUGUUGGACAAAACCCACUGAGUCGAUGAUGGCUCCGAAAGACUUUUGGAGUGGGUCUGUGGACUUCUCCAUGUGAAUAUUAAAAUCACCAAAAAUUAGAAUAUGAUCUGCUAUGACUACAAGGUCUGAUAGGAAUUCAGGAAACUCAGAGAGGAACGCUGUAUAUGGCCCAGGAGGCCUGUAAACAGUAGCUAUAAAAAGUGAUUGAGUAGGCUGCAUAGAUUUCAUGACUAGAAGCUCAAAAGACGAAAACGCAAUUUUUUUUUUUGUAAAUUGAAAUUUGCUAUCGUAAAUGUUAGCAACACCUCCGCCUUUGCGGGAUGCACGGGGAAUAUGGUCACUAGUGUAACCAGGAGGUGAGGCCUCAUUUAACACAGCAAAUUCAUCAGGCUUAAGCCAUGUUUCAGUCAGGCCAAUCACAUCAAGAUUAUGAUCAGUGAUUAGUUCAUUGACUAUGACUGCCUUUGAAGUGAGGGAUCUAACAUUAAGUAACCCUAUUUUGAGAUGUGAGGUAUCACGAUCUCUUUCAAUAAUAGCAGGAAUGGAGGAGGUCUUUAUCCUAAUAAGAUUGCUAAGGCGAACACCGCCAUGUUUAGUUUUGCCCAACCUAGGUCGAGGCACAGACACAGUCUCAAUGGGUAUGGCUGAGCUGACUACACUGACUAUGCUAUUGGCAGACUCCACUAAGCUGGCAGGUUGGCUAACAGCCUGCUGCCUGGCCUGCACCCUAUUUCACUGUGGGGCUAGAGGAGUUAGAGCCCUAUCUAUGUUGGUAGAUAAGAUGAGAGCACCCCUCCAGCUAGGAUGGAGUCCGUCACUCCUCAGCAGGUCAGGCUUGGUCCUGUUUGUGGGUGAGUCCCAGAAAGAGGGCCAAUUAUCUACAAAUUCUAUCUUUUGGGAGGGGCAGAAAACAGUUUUCAACCAGCGAUUGAGUGCUGAGACUCUGCUGUAGAGCUCGUCACUCCCCCUAACUGGGAGGGGGCCAGAGACAAUUACUCGAUGCCGACACAUCUUUCUAGCUGAUUUACACGCUGAAGCUAUGUUGCGCUUGGUGACCUCUGACUGUUUCAUCCUAACAUCGUUGGUGCCGACGUGGAUAACAAUAUCUCUAUACUCUCUACACUCGCCAGUUUUAGCUUUAGCCAGCACCAUCUUUAGAUUAGCCUUAACGUCGGUAGCCCUGCCCCCUGGUAAACAGUGUAUGAUCGCUGGGUGAUUCGUUUUAAGUCUAAUACUGCGGGUAAUGGAGUCGCCAAUGACUAGGGUUUUCAAUUUGUCAGAGCUAAUGGUGGGAGCCUUCGGCGUCUCAGACCCCGUAACGGGAGGAGUAGAGACAAGAGAAGACUCAGACUCAGACUCCGACUCGCUACAUAAUGGGGAAAACCGGUUGAAAGUUUCUGUCGGCUGAAUGAGCGACACCGGUUGAGCAUUCCGACAGUAUUUCCCUCCAGAAGCCAUGAGAAAGUUGUCCGGCUGCGGGGACUGUGCGGGGGGAUUUAUACUAACGUUACUAUCUGUACUUACUGGUGGCACAGACGCUGUUUCUACUUUGUAGAAGCACCUUUGGCAGCGAUUACAGCCUUGUGUCUUCUUGGGUAUGACGCUACAAGCUUGGCACACCUGUAUUUGGGGAGUUUCUCCCAUUCUUCUCUGCAGAUCCUCUCAAGCUCUGUCAGGUUGGAUGGGGAGCGCCGCUGCACAGCUAUUUUCAGGUUUCUCCAGAGAUGUUUGAUCGGGUUCAAGUCCGGGCUCUGGCUGGGCCACUCAAGGACAUUCAGAUACUUGUCCCGAAGCCACUCCUGCGUUGUCUUGGCUGUGUGCUUAGGGUCAUUGUCCUGUUGGAAGGUGAACCUUCGCCCCAGUCUGAGGUCCUGAGCGCUCUGGAGCAGGUUUUCAUCAAGAAUCUUUCUGUACUUUGCUCCGUUUAUCUUUCCCUCGAUCCUGACUAGUCUCCCAGUCCCUGCCGCUGAAAAACAUUCCCACAGCAUGAUUCUAACACCACCAUGCUUCACCUGGGGAUGGUAUUGGCCAGGUGAUAAGCGGUGCCUGGUUUCUUCCAGAUGUGACCCUUGCCAUUCAGGCCAAAGAGUUCAAUCUUGGUUUCAUGAGACCAAAGAAUCUUGUUUCUCGUGGUCUGAGAAUCCUUUAGGUGCCUUUUGGCAAACUCCAAGCGGGCUGUCAUGUGCCUUUUACUGAGGAGUGGCUUCCGUCUGGCCACUCUACCAUAAAGGCCCUGUGUAGCUCAGUUGGUAGAGCAUGUUCCCUUGCAACGCCAGGGUUGUGGGUUCGAAUCCCACGGGGGCCAGUAUGAAAAUGUAUGCACUCACUAACUGUAAGUCGCUCUGGAUAAGAGCGUCUGCUAAAAUGACUAAAAUGUAAGGCCUGAUUUGGUGGAGGGCUGCAGAGAUGGUUAUCCUUCUGGAAGGUUCUCCCAUCUCCACAGAGGAACUCUGGAGCUCUGUCAGUGACCUCCCUGACCAAGGUCCUUCUCCCUCAAUUGCUCAGUUUGGCCGGCGACCAGCUCCAUUUUAAGAAUGAUGGAGGCCACUGUGUUCUUGGGGACCUUCAAUGCUGCAGACAUUUUUUGGUACCCUUCCCCAGAUCUGUGCCUCGACACAAUCCUGUCUCAGCUCUAUGGACAAUUCCUUCGACCUCAUGGCUUGGUUUUUGCUCUGAGAUGCCCUGUCAACUGUGGGACCUUAUAUAGACAGGUGUGUGCCUUUCCAAAUAAUGUCCAAUCCAUUGAAUUUACCACAGGUGUACUCCAAUCAAGUUGUAGAAACAUCUCAAGGAUGAUCAAUGGAAACAGGAUGCACCUGAGCUCAAUUUCGAGUAUCAUAGCAAAGGGUCUGAAUAGUUAUGUAAAUAAGAUAUUUCUGUUUGUUUUUUAAAUGAUAGAUUAGCAAACAUUUCUAAAAACCUGUUUUUGCUUUGUCAUUAUAGGGUAUUGUGUGUAGAUUGAUGAGGGGGAAAAAAUAAUUACAUCAAUUUUAGAGUAAGGCUGUAACAUAACAAAAUGUGGAAAAAGGGAAGGGGUCUGAAUACUUUAAGAAUGCACUGUAAUGUGCAGCCUAAGACUGUUUACAUGUUGUUAGCUGGUCAUCCACCCUCCUGCCCCUGGUGUGGAGUCAAGCUGUCACUGUUCAUUUAAGCCUAGCUGCGCUUCCCGCCCCACCCUACUGGGGCUGCUGAGAGGCACACUGGGACAUUUACGUAAUCUGUCCUCUCCUGGGCUCACUUUGUUGGAGGCCCAGUUUCUCCUCUCUGUAUAUUGUCUCCAGUCCGUGCCCUGCUCUGCUCAACACUCAGCUCUCCCUGCUGUUACAUUACAUCUCUACGCUGGGCUACUCUGUGCUCCCCAUAAACAAAGGGUCAUUUGACAGGCCAGCGCUCUCUCUGUUUGGAUGUCAGUGCUCCUCACCGUCUUCUCUGACCAAGUCCUUGUUCUGUUCUGCUCUUCAUGUGCCUGGCCUGCCUGGCUGGCUGCUGUCUGAGGUUAUCCAAGAGGACUAGCACCAUAUGGCUCUAUUCACAUUUAACAUCUGCCUCUUCCUCUGUGUCCCCAUGGGACUCUCUCAGCACAGCUGGACCCAGGGCAGAGAGAAAAGUGUGAAUGUAGGCCUAGUGUGUGUUCACACACACUGAUCUUUCAAAAUGAAGACUGAAACACAAUCAUUCCUCACAGUGUGAAGAUUCAUUCUGCUCUUUUGAUCUAACUCUCUGAACAUAAAGUUUCAUCUAGCCACAGCCAGCCAAGUCAGACCGGAGACUUGUACAUGUUGGCAUGCCCUUUAGCUUUUUCUUGUCUGCGUGCCAGGAUUCAACGUUGUUUAGAUAUCCCAGCAUCUCCUUUCACAAACAGACUGGAGUCUGUAGCUCUGUAUGAAAUACCAAUGUGAUGGCUGUUUAAAUUAGAGCAGUUUUCAGGAAGACAGAACAGAAGAAUCCUGUUCUGCUCAGUGGAUUUACAGUGUGUUGUGGGCCGGCCAGAUGUGCAGUUUCAGCAGCAAUGCUGCUAUGGAGAGGGAGAUUAAUUCUGGACAGGAAAUGCUGUUUUUUUUAGUCCUGAGGUCAGCCAAGCUGUGAAAUCUGAGUUUUUUCUCUUCUCUCUCUCCAGAUUGAAGCCUCUUGAUAUAGAGUUCAUGAAGCGGUUACAUGAAAAAGUGAACAUCAUCCCGCUCAUCGCCAAAGCUGACACAAUGACUCCUGAGGAGUGCCAACAGUUCAAGAAGCAGGUAUGUGUGUACAUACUGUGUGUUAUGGGUGACCUGUGUGUUUAUGGUUUGUUUAAAAAACACGUCUUUCUCUGAAUGCAGAAGUCGAUAGUUUGUGAGUUGUGUGUGAUUAGUAGUGUAUGCAAGCUAUUCCUGUGGGAGAGAACCCAUGCAAUAAAUAAGUGAUGCACAGUUGUUGCACAGAGCGAGUGUGUGUGUGUGCUGAGCACUGUUUCCUCAUCCUGUCUAUUGACUGACCCUUCAGCGUGAGUGAGUAUUGAUAUUUGUGACUCGUUGGCCUAGAUAGACACAACCAGAGGGGAGCAGGACUCACAUGAUUAAAUAUCAUCUCGAUCUCUCUCAUCUUUCUCUCUUUCCUGCUUUCUCUCUCUUUGUCCCACCCUCCCCUUGCUCUCACCGUUCUCUCGCUUUCUCCUCUCUCCCUCCCCUCCUGUCUUUAUAGAUAAUGCGAGAAAUCACGGAGCACAAAAUCAAGAUCUACGAGUUCCCAGAGACCGACGAUGAGGAGGAGAACAAGAUGGUCAAGAAGAUCAAGGUUUGGAUUCUCCCAGUGCCCAAACACACACACACACACACACACUGCUUUCAUUCUCCACCCAAGAGAUGGAAUUGAAUAUAAGAGAAAAAACUUGACAAACAUGAACACACACAUCUUUAUUCUGAUCACGGUAUGUCGUGUUUACAGCCCUGCUGAAGGCAUAACAUAAAUCCAAUAAAUCUAACACUAGUGUUUUUGGCUGUACUGGCCCCACCAGCCCCAGUAUUGACAAGAGAAGAGACUGAGUGGUUAGUUAGCUACCAUAGAGACUGAGUGGUUAGUUAGCUACCAUAGAGACUGAGUGGUUAGUUAGCUACCAUAGAGACUGAGUGGUUAGUUAGCUACCAUAGAGACUGAGUGGUUAGUUAGCUACCAUAGAGACUGAGUGGUUAGUUAGCUACCAUAGAGACUGAGUGGUUAGUUAGCUACCAUAGGGCCAUACAGAGAAGGGAUUUUCCUGCCAUUUAAAUCCUUGGGAGGAAGCAUUUUUUCGGGUCACCUAAUUCCAAACUGUAAAAAAUAUAUAUAUUUAUAAAUAAACUGAAUUAACACAUUUAUAUAAGUAUUCAGACCCUUUACUCAGUACUUUGUUGACGCACCUUUAGCAGCGAUUACAGCCUCGAGUCUUCUUGGGUAUGAUGCUACAAGCUUGGCACACCUGUAUUUGGGGAGUUUCUCCCAUUUUUCUCUGCAGAUCCUCUCAAGCUCUGUCAGGUUGGAUAGGAACGUCGCUGCACAGCUAUUUUCAGGUCUCUCCAGAGAUCGGGUUCAAGUCCGAGCUCUUGUUGGGCCACUCGAGGACAUUCAGAGACUUGUCCCGAAGCCACUCCUGCGUUGUCUUGGCUGUGUGUUUAGGGUCGUUGUCCUGUUGGAAGGUGAACCUUCGCCCCAGUCUGAGGUCCUGAGCGCUCUGGAGCAGGUUUUCAUCAAGGAUCUCUCUGUACUUUGCUCCGUUCAUCUUUCCCUUGAUCCUGACUUGUCUCCCAGUCCCUGCUGCUGAAAAAAUCCCCACAGCAUGAUGCUGCCACCACCAUGCUUCAUCGUAGAGUUGGUGCCAGGUUUCCUCCAGACGUGACGCUUGGCAUUCAGGCCAAAGAGUUACGUCUUGGUUUAAUCAGACCAGAGAAUCUUGUUUCUCAUGGUCUGACAGUCUUUAGGUUCCUUUUGGGAAACUCCAAGCAGGCUGUCGUGUGCCUUUUACUGAGUAGUGGCUUCUGUCUGGCCACUCUACCAUAAAGGCCUGAUUGGUGGAGUGUUGCAGAGAUGGUUGUCCUUCUGGAAGGUUCUCCCAUCACAACAGAGGAACUCUGGAGCUCUGUCAGAGUGACAAUCGGGUUCUUGGUCACCUCCCUGACCAAGGCCCUUGCUCAGUUUUGCCGGGCGGCCAGCUCUAGGAAGAGGCUUGGUGGUUCCAAACUUCUAUUUAAGAAUGAUGGAGGCCACUGUGUUCUUGGGGAUCUUCAAUGCUGCAGACAAUUUGUUGUACUUUCCCCAGAUCUGUGCCUCGACACAAUCCUGUCUCGGAGCUCUAUGGACAAUUCUUUCGACCUCAUGGCUUGGUUUUUUCUAUGUCUACUGUGGGACCUUAUAUAGACAGGUUUGUGCCUUUCCAAAGAAUGUCCAAUCAAUUCAAUUUACCACAGGGGGACUCCAAUCAAGUUGUAGAAACAUCAAGGAUGAUCAAUGGAAACAGGAUGCACCUGAGCUCAAUUUCGAGUCUCAUAGCAAAGGGUCUGAAUACGUAUGUAAAUAAGAUAUUUAUGUUUUUAUGUUUCCAAAAACCUGUUUUUGUUUUGUCAUUAUGGGGUAUUGUGUGUAGAUUGAGAGGAAAAAACUAUUGAAUCCAUUUUAGAAUAAGGCUGUAACAUAACAAAAUGUGGAAAAGGUCAAGGGUCUGAAUACUUUCCGAAUGUACUGUACACACACACACACACACACACACACACACACUAAGUAAGCACUGUUCUCAACUGUCACUGCCAUUAGAGCUGCUGUGAUAUCAAUACACUACUUUAUCUCCAGUCAAUCUUCCAUCCAAUAAAAAAAAAAAAAAAAGGGUAACCUCGUGAAUAUACUUCACCGCAGCGAAGUUCACACAAAAGUUAACUUCUGUGGACUGUGUGUGUUGCCACAUAGCCUUGUCUAACAGGUUUUUAUUUAUUUUUAUUGUGUAACACUUGUCCCUCCCUCCUGCAGGAUCGCUUACCCCUGGCUGUUGUUGGUAGCAACACCAUCAUCGUGGUCAACGACAAGCGGGUGCGAGGGAGGCAGUACCCCUGGGGUGUGGCGGAAGGUGAGGAGUAAUGGGUCAGAGGUCACAGUCAGGUACUGGCCUGGACACACACACACACACACACACACACACACACACACACACACACACCAGUCUCUGGGUGUUAUUCCAUAUUAGCACAAAGGUUGUCCUACACAUACUGUGUCUAUGGGUUUAACUUUGAAAGGUUUAUGUGUGGAAGUAAUACAGUCUAUCUAGUAAUACAGUCUAUCUCACCCUACUAUGAGGUCAAUACAUUAUCCUGGCAACGGCACUCUGCCUAUAGUUUGUGUGUGUGUGUGUUGGGGGAAGUGCAUCUGCAGGUCAUGUUUGACUUAGAAUGACAGUUAUGCUUUGCCCCUUAGCCUCACUCAAUGCAAAUGCUCACAUUUCUAGUUCCAUCUACAUUUCUAGUUUCAGCUCACAUAGUUGAAGUUACACAAGUAUUUACAUGGCUGCAAAAAGAGUACAAAUGUAACACUAUUAAACACUAUUCCUAUACUAAACAUUAGAUUACUAGAACCAGGUUAAGUUCAGUAGCCUCCUGCCCAACAGUUGACAUUUAGAGGUAUGUUUUGUUGUCAACAUAGACUUAUGUUUUCUCUGGCCGUGUGUGUGUGUCCGUGUGUCUUGAGUGAUAAAAUGCUGUCUGCUAAAACUCAGCAUUAUCUACUGGUGACAUAAUGACCAUGGAAUGUUCUAAACACACAAAUAGAGUAGUACUUAGGUCAUAUUGCAUACAACGAAAAUGACAUUUGUUAAUGUCUUAAAAAAUGAAAAUGACCGUUGCUAUGUAUCAACAAGUGUAACUAUUUAGUUCUACUUUCACUCAAUAGAACAGCCGUUUAGAUGGAGAGGUGUGUUUUGAGCAGACAGUCCUGUAUCUACUCAACAGGAUAUGUGUGUUCAGUUUUCUUUGAUGCUAGACAGACAGACAGAACGACAGGAAGCUGCAAGAGUGCCUUAGCACUCAUAAAAAAUUGUUCCACUACCUCAAAAACACAAUUAAUGCAUCCGACUAAGAAAUAUUUUCACGCAGGAAUGCAACAGCUCACCGGGAGAGAUUAAUUGAGAGCACUGAUUUGAAAGAGGACUGGUUCACCAUUUUACACGUGUCUCCUGUUCAUGCCUCUGCAUUGUCUUUUUCAAACUCAAACUGACUUGAUGGGUACAAAUUGGAUAUGCUCUUUUUUAAUUUGAAUAUAACCCCAUGUAAUGAACGGUUGUAAAUUAGUCUAGAAUCUACAGCACUGGUCUUAGUAGAGUAGACAUGUUUAUGAAGUUUAGCUAGCUCUUCUGAACUUUAACCUCACGACCCCAGCAGUCAUCACCCCAGAGCUCAAAUCACGUACAUACACACACACACACACACACACAAAUGCACACAACACACACAUACAUACAUACACUCUAACCCCAGAACUCCUUCAUAUCCCCUCUCUGUUCCCCACUGUUUUCUACCGCUGGAUGAGUAAAUGGUAUAAUCAGUUCUACCCUAAACUCUAACAUUCAGAUACAGCUCUUUAUCUCUGUCAAUGACCCGAUUACAAGUCAUGGUCUUUGAUCUGUAAUGAUUUAUUUUAUGUGUGUGUGACUGUAGUUAAGGAUAAGACAGUAGAGUUGUGCGCUCUCGACUGGAUGAACUGUGCGAUUACUACUACUAGAGACUACCUCAGUGGCGGUUGAAUGUUACCCGCCCAUGGGGAGUGAGUUUUGGAAUGUAAAAAAUGUUUCUGGCACCAUAGAGAGGGCGGGAGAUUGCAAGGCCACUCUUCAGCUAUGUGAUCCACUCCCUACACACAGCAGUCAGACAGAAACCUCAGGGGAUUUAGUAUAUAUGGGAGAGUAUAUGGGCUCCUGAGUGGCGCAGCGGUCUAAGGCACUGCAUCUCAGUGCUAGAGGCGUCACUGCAGACCCUCCUGGUUUGAUUCCAUGCUGUAGCACAAUUGAUUGGGAGUCCCAUAGGGCGGCGCGCAAUUGGCCCAGCGUUGUCCGGGUUUGGCCGGGGUAGGUCAUCAUUGUAAAUAAGAAUUUAUUCUUAACUGACUUGCCUAGUUAAAUGAAGGUUAAAUAAAAAUGUGGCGUCUGCCACCACCAUGUGGCUGCUGACAGUAUUACACCCAUACACUCCUCCCUGUCUAUUCCCCACAGCUCUCUAGGGGAAGAUCUAAAUCGCAUUGUCAUCGCGUCCUCUCUCCUCGUCACCUUCUCAGAACCCAUUGGAUGAGAAAGCCAGAGGUCCCUGACCUUCUCCUCCAAUGGGUUUUGCGAGGAAUAUGCGAUUAAGAUCUUACCUGGAGCUGUGCCUAGCUCUCAAGCGCUCACUCUGGCGCUUCCCUCCCACUCCUGUGGACUGCCACACCCCCCUUGGUGGGCGACCUGACUGUUCCUCUAAUCUUCCUUCCUCCCUUAUCUUUCCUCUUUCCUCUCUCUCUCUCUCUCUAGAGGAAGAUGAGAACGAGAGAUAGAGGCUAGAGCCUAGAACUAGCUCUCUACUCUCUCAUCUCUAUCUCUACUCUCUCUCUCUCUACCUUCUCGCUCAUCUCCUCUAUCUUCUCUCUCCUCUCUCUACUCUCUCUCUCUCUCUCUAGUGGAGGAAUGGAGAGCAGCACUGUGACUUCACCAUCCUGAGGAACAUGCUCAUCAGGUACCGUUAUAACACACACACACACACACCUCUUCAUUAUGGUCAUGCUCCACUGAGUGUGCUGUUUUAAAUGCUGCAUGAGCAGCAGCAGAUGGCAGAGAGAUUAUGGUGCCAGUUUUCAGCGCCAUGUCGUUCCUCACUGCUCUCUCUGACUGUUUAAAUGUAUUUUAGUGUCAUUAUUGUUUUUUACUGUAAAGUGUAUUGCUGUGGUUAAUUUUAGUUGUAAAUAAAGUGAUUUGAUUUCAGUGGUUCUGUGUUCUUGUUCCAGAACCUACAUGCAGUUUAAAUAAAGUUUAAUUUGAUUUGAUCCAGAACCCACAUGCAGGACCUGAAGGACGUGACCAACAACGUCCACUAUGAGAACUACCGCAGCAGGAAGCUAGCAGCCGUCACAUACAACGGAGUGGACAACAACAAGAACAAGGGACCAAUGACUAAGUGAGUACUAACCAAAAGUCCACCAAAGGUGUUUGUAUGUGGUUCUGUUUUCCAUUUCUCUCCAUUCCAGGUCUUCUGUAUCAGCGUGGAUGAAGGGAAGGUGACGAGGCCCUGCACUAACACAAUCCUCUCCCCUGAUCACAGGGACUAACAGUCACCCACACACAGCUGGAUCUAACACAGUCUGAUAACCCUGAGCCACUGCUAAUUCACAGCCAAGUACAGAGAACCUCACUAAAAUGAUGCACUGUUAUAUCACAGUAACCACCAGCAUUCAUUAGCUAGCGAAUAGCACUCUAACGCAUGGUCAUCAUAAUAUCAGCAUGCUAAGUGUGUAUGUUUCUGUUUGUUUUUUUAGAUUUGACACAAAUGAAGGCAUGUAAGUGUCAUUUCAGUUCUUCAAGAACCCCUUACGUUAGCUAUGUUUUUACUCUCUCUCCUCUGUUUUUCCCUCUUCCUCGUACAUAUAUCUGUGUUGUAUAAAGAUGCUGCUCUUUACUUUAUGCUAGAUGCCCCUACCAGGUCAUGAAAUUGAUGAUAUCAUUCUACGGCACUCUAGCAAACUGCCCAGAAAUCUUCAUUGAAUACGUGUUGGUAGAAUGCUCUCCAAUAGUCUUCCUGGAAAAUCGUAUUUGUGGUCCUGUGAUUAGGCUCUUGCUUUCUUCGUGAGCUUCACUCAGCAUCCGUACCAGUAGAGCUAGUUGGUGACUUGUUGGUGACGUUCACUAACUCAGCGACGCAAUGGCUUGGCUUUACUAACAUAGACAGAAAUGGCUAUUGAAUCGCUGGGUCUUCCACAUCCAGGGAUCUUCCUCUCCCCUGCUCCUCCUCAUCCUCCUCCAGGCAUAAGUGUAUGCAACAGAGAUGGUGACAGGAAUUUCCACCCUGGCCCAAAGUCUGAGUUUGACUACUCUGGGCUAGGGCUGGCGUGCAAGGCUUUAGCUUGAUGGAUGUUGUGUGUGUACGUGCCUGAACCCUGCAGGAGUCCCCUGGCCCAGAUGGAGGAGGAGAGGAGGGAGCAUGUGGCCAAGAUGAAGAAGAUGGAGAUGGAAAUGGAACAGGUGUUUGAGAUGAAGGUCAAGGAGAAGAUCCAGAAGCUCAAAGACUCUGAGCAAGAGGUACUGGAACCUAACAGAACACCUUCACACAAAUCACUGAAAAUACUCCAUUUGUGUGUCCCUUGUUUAUUCAUUCAUUUUCCAUAGAGCAAUCUCACUAAAAAGACACACCACAAUUUUGAAUGGUUACAUUUUAAUUUAAUUUAUUAACAGAGAAAUAGAUAAUAGGUCUUAUUUUACUUUACAUUACUACUGCAAAAUGCAUCAUUAGUAAUUCAACAUGGGUACAGUCCAUAGAGGGCUUGAGCUGUCAAUCAGAGGAUGAUUCAGAGGCAGACAGGAAGCCCUCAGAAUGGCUUCCAGUUUCUCAUCAGAAAAGAGACACUGCAGGUCACUCCUCCCACUCCAAAGCCUUUCUCCUCUCAUGCUGCAUGAUUCUGUCCAUUGUCUAUCUCACUGUUGCUCUGUAAAAGAGAAACAUACUCCUCACCUCCGUGUACCAGUCAACCAGACGGUUCUGCUCCUGCUCAGACAGGUGCUAGCUGUGUUCAAGGAGCAUGGCCACCUGUCUGAGCCGGGACGUCCAGUACGGCUCACGCUGCCAGAAACCGGGCUGUCCCCCUCAACCUCUGCUAUCCAUGAUGCCAUCCAUGGUACAGCCUGGACAAAUUGCUGAAUGAAGUCACUCAUUUUUGAGAAAUGAAUCAAGCUAAGAUAGGAGAAACAUGUCACACGUCUAGUCUUGGGGUGUUGCCACCAAUCUGAGUUCCAAAUCAACAUUGGCACCUUACAACCAAACAUUCUAAAUUCAAAACAUUCCACUGAAGUUGCUCUAUUUAAAUGUGAUAUCAUCAUAUUCAAAUGUCAAUGUAUUCUUAUGAUUUAGAAUCACCAAGGGAAUAACUGAACGCUUUCAAGUCAUCACCAACUCUGAUUCUUAGCAACAGAUGUGAUGAAAUGUUGUUUUAAUAUGGUCCUAGCUGUGAUUACAUCAUACUCAGUCACACACACACACACACAUACUGUAUAUGCGUGCACGUGCACACAAGAAUAUAACACACAAACAUAUAUAUACACACACAACUCCAGCCAUGCAAAUGGUGCAAACUGUCCUGUAUCCUGUCUGCAGCUCCAGCGACGCCACGAGCAGAUGAAGAAGAACCUGGAGGCCCAGCACAAGGAGCUGGAGGAGAAGAGAUGCCAGCUGGAGGAUGAGAAGAGCCACUGGGAGGCGCAGCAGAGGGUGCUGGAACAACAGAAACUAGACACCUCC